AUGCCCAAAGUCAAGACAUCCAGAACCAAGCCACCACCAGGUCAGUACCUCACGUCGACAGGAACUACGUCGUCGCCUUCCCCAACGCUCGUGCGAUCUACGCGUAGUCCGUAGUAGCUCGCGAGAACGAUCGCCAACGGAGCUGACCCAGCGUCAUUCAUGCGCCUGCAGAGGGAUUCGAUGAGAUUGAACAAAUCUUGGAGGACUACCAGAGAAAGAUGAGGGAUGGUGCGUCACGAAUCAUCGCGGGUUCCUGCAACGAUAGCGAGAGCCGACGAUCCGGAGACCGAACUCUGGCUUCUCUCACUCUGCACACAGCCGAGGCCGAGUCGCACGAAGGGAAACGCAAGACCGAGUCGCUAUGGCCCAUCAUGAGGAUCACACAUACACGGUCAAGGUGCGUACCCGGCACCACCUGUGCUCGCGCAGGGAUGGACGUAGCCUUCGCGAGCUGAUUCCGAGACGAGGAUGAUUUCGCCUUGGUGCUGGAGAAACAGAUACAUCUAUGACCUCUACUACAAACGAGAAGCCAUCUCGAGAGAACUGUACGACUGGUUGCUCAAGGAGGGGUACGCGGAUGCAAAGUCAGUCCUCGUACUUUUCGUUCAACCGCGAAACGGAAUCGGGCGCAGGAGUGCCUGAUCAAGUGCUUGCUGCGUAUGCUCCAGUCUGAUCGCCAAGUGGAAAAAGCAAGGUUACGAAAAGCUGUGUUGCGCGAGGUGUAUUCAAUCCCGGGUACGUGGCACUCACCUUCAACCCGACGAAUUCGGACACGCCCGACUCACGAGACCCCUUCUCUGCGCAUCUCAGGACAUGAACUAUGCCGGCUCGACGUGCAUCUGCCGCGUUCCUAAAGCACAACUCAAGGCCGGCGUCGUCGUCGAAUGCACACAUUGCGGUUGCCGAGGAUGUGCCUCUCAGGACUAG